GAGCGCCCCGAGUCUGCGCGCAGUACUUUUACCUCGACCCAGAAACCACCUCGUCGAGUUGAUCCAGUUGUUUGUUUGACUCGAUCGGACCAAUUUUCCGACCUCCCUUUCUUCUCGACUACACACUCCAUUUCUGUAGCUCCCUGGACUGGCGCCAUAUGGCCGGUGCCUCUUCACCGGCAUACGCAUGCGCGUGUCUCAACGUCCGGAUACACCGCGCCUCGCCACCGCCCGCCUCACAAGACUCGACUCCACCCGCAGCAGCCGCGACGGAGAAUGAGUUUACACGGGUCUAUGUUGGUGAUGAGGGGAUAUCCAUCCUAUCGGUGUAUCGCGUUCAUCAGGUCGUCUCUUUGGAUGCGGACAGCAAGGAUGGGCCCUCGAUACCUGCGGAAGAUUGGGUCGAGCGAGAUAUUCUCAAAUCGUCUUCAGGUUGGAUCGAGGUGCACAGACGAUGUUUGACCGGAAAGUCCAUUGCACAGGCCCAGUCGUCCCUUUCCUACUCGCCGCUGUUCUCUAUGAUCGUUCCGACUAUCACGAAACCGGUGGAGCCCCCGACACUGGAAGAAAUCCCACCGAUGUCCUACCUGACACACUUGACCAAUCUCUUCCUUCCACCACCCUUCACGCCCAGUCACCCUGUAUUUUCUCAUCUCGCUUCGCUCGCCAAAAUGCAGUCAGAUGCCCGUCGAGCGGCCCUCGACCAGGAGAUCGCUGAUUUUGUUCGCGCGAAGACCGCGGAACUGGCGCAUACCGAAGCGGUGUUGCGAUCGCAAGUCGAAGCCUUGUGGCGCAAAUUCCACGAGGGAUUAGAGGCGGCAGAAAGUCUAGGCAUGGCAGCAGGGGUCGUGUCGCCUCGGUCACCGCGCUCGCCUGGCCCUGGCCACAACUCACGCACCACCUCAAUAAGCGUACCCGCAUCAUCUGUCACGCGCGACUUUGAGCCGCUUCCCGUCCCCCCCACACGCUCAUCUCCCCCCGUUGCGAUUGCCUCCUCUUUGUUGACGCGUGCAGGGCAGCAUCUGCCACGUGCAGCACCGGCUACCCCGAUCCGACCGCCCUCAGCACACUCUGGUUCGAGCCGGACGUUGACAGGGAGUUCUCCCACGCUAGCUGGAUCGCCUCAUGUGCCUCCGAGGCCGUUUGAGGGUUCUUCCGUGAUCCAGUUCCGGAGGCAGAUGGACGAGGAGAUCAAUACAGUGGCCAGUUAUCGGUACUUUCAGAACCUGGAAGAGGAUAUGGCCCGGAUGCAGGCUGCUCGCGCAGUAGCUGAAGCCACUCAUGCACCGCCAGUUGUGGAACCACCUCCCCAGGCUGGCCCCAGUAAAGUGAACGGCACAAAUGGCACGACUGAAAAACCGCAAGAACCAUCGCCAACAAAGGACAAGGGGAAGCGGAAGGUGGUCACGUUCGACUCUCAACCAGCGGUCGUUACCAUCAAGCGGGAGGUGAAGGCCGAGAUUGAGGAGGAGAAACGAUUGGCGCAGAAUGAAUCUGAAGAGAUGGUUUUCGAUUUGGAGACGGACGACGAUGGCCAGCAAGCUGAUGCUGAACACCUCGCCAUCAAAUUGGUCGAACCAGAACAGCCAAGAACGCAGCAAAUCAGAGCCUCCCGGCGGAAAGUGUCAGACGAUCCGUUGGGCCUUCCGCAGUCUUUUGCGGCUCUACGCUCGGCAUCUAUGCCGAUACCUUCGACAAUAAACAAGAUAUGGUCAACUGAGCCAUCAAAUGACGAAGAGCUUCACGAGGAGCCGUCAGAGGAGGACGACCAAGUGCCAGAGAUGGAGUUGUACGACUCGCGUGAUCUGGAGAUCCGGAAAAUGGUCGGUGCCAGCCUUCCCAGCCAUCGGCGAGGCUGGUCGAAAAACGGCGUGACCUGGAAGUCAUUCGUCACACGAGGGCGAGCACCGGGGGAUGAUCAGAUUGAUGCUGAUGUUGAGGCUGCGGCUCCCCCAGUGGCGAACGGACUCCCCGGAUCAAUGCCUAUUGCCAUGCGCUCUCUGACGCAGUCACAUCCGGUGCUGAGCCUUGCUUCGUACCGACCACCAGGUCCCUCAGAUCCCCGGCUGCAAGAAGACACGCAUAUCCCGUCAAGCUCUGUGCGGAAGCAGCUCUACAUCGAACGAGACAUGAUCCGAGGGAUCGACCCUGGUGCCUUGGAUUUCGCCACGGACGACGAGGACGAGGACGGCCUUCUUCCCGCUCCGGCUCCCGUCAACGUCGUUGUGCCUGACAGCACGCUCUCGCCACAUCCAAAUGACAUGACUCUGGACACGGAGCUUGGCGCGGAUGACGGGAGCGGCCGUCAAUUGGCAUUGAAGAUCCUCCAGGCUCGCAACGAGCUGCCUGAUUCCGGCAUGUGGCGCAGUCUCGCAUCCUGAUCCCAGCCAGUCCUGCCGGCAAUAUACACAUCACUUGAUUCACUGCUUUCCCUGCAUAUAUAUCAUUCAGCCUGCAUAUUCACUCGCAUUUAUCUUGCCAUGGCAAUUGUACAUAUUCUGAUCUACGCUCCACAUAAGAGUAAUCGAGAAGCGGAGAUUUCCUUUUUCAGUGAGAUUGGAGUGGCUGUCUAUUGAGCAUAGUUCGUGUGGCAUUCUAAAGUAUAGUAACACCCCUUUCGGAUGUUCAGUCGAUGAAUGGCUUAUUACCU